GACGCUCUCAUAGCGAUAACCUGGUCGGGCCAUUCGGUGAAAACCAUCCCCAACAUGAAGUUCGUUCUCCUGUUUUUCGUCGUUGCCACCUGUGCAGACGCCGCUUCUCUGAAAGCGCCUCGACUGUCGCCACCCUUGUGCGCGUGUGACUUCCAGCCGGACUUCGCCUGUGGGCCUGCGCCCACCGACUGUGAGCUGACCGACGACUACUGCGGCUGCUGCCCGGUGUGCGCGCUACAGGAGGGACAGACAUGCGGCGUGUUUAGUGCCGGCUGUGCCGGAGGUCUGACAUGUGUUCUGGAGGAGUGUAACCCAGAGGUUGUUGACGUCACGCUAGCGGACGGAACUGUGACUCAGCAGGUUUCCCAGCCGCCAUGUUUGUUCCUCCUGCCGUACUUCCAGAGGGGGGAGUGCCAGAAAGAUGACACAGCCGUUCCAGCUAAACGGCAGGCCGUCCCGUUCGGGGGAGAAUCUUGCGAGGUACGUUUUCAAAAGAACCUGACGUGUAAAUAG